AUGGCAAAUCCUCACGGUAGGGCCCGACUGCGAGCUUUUGCUGCUGUGCCUUUGCAUCUAGACAUUGGGUUACUGGAUGAAGACGAACUGAGAGGCAGCAGACUGCUUCGCAUCUGUGAAUGGGCGAGUCACAGCGGCACAUGGGAGCUCCGAGAUCACCACAACGUUGCUGUGGGCAGUGUGACUGGAGCCGUCACACUGUCGUGUCUGGGCAAAGCUUUGGCCCCACAUCUGACGCAGGCGUUGGGUGUGCAGGUGAACAAGUCACAGCAAGCAAGUUCCUUCAAGUCGAGGUGCAGGACUCGAGCGUCCAGUACGAAGACAAAGAACUCAUGUAUUGACCAGUACACAUUGUACUACAAGAGAAGCUCGGCUUCAAAGGAUGCAAUGAAUCCGCGUCGUAUUGUUCAUAGAUGUCGAUCUUCAAACUCUCAACGAAGCAUUCCCGUCGAUACUUUUAAAGGCGAACUGUUAUUCCCGCGAGAACUUCCACCGCCGCUUUUCUUCAAAAAAGGAGCCAAGUCGUAA